AUGGAGCGCUUUCUCGUGCGGAGCAAACCACCAACCACCAGUGCAGAGACUGCCGAGUCCGACAACCCACCGAAAGAAAAGAGGAAAAAAACUGUCAGCCGACAGUAUCAUGAAAGUUACCUGUCUUAUGGCUUCAGUUGGACCGGGGAUGUCAACAUUCCUCAGCCGGAGUGCGUCCUCUGUCGGGAGAAGUUAGCUAAUGCUAAUAUGGUUCCAAGCAAGCUGAAGAGGCACUUGGAAACCAAACAUCCCUUCCACGCAGAGAGAAACCUGGCCUAUUUCAAAAGAGCGCGGGAUCUGAACCAGAGGCAGCAAGACCGUUUGUUGGAUUGUGUGAAAGUGUCAGAAAAGGCAAUGGAGGCUAGUUACAUGCUAGCGGAGCUUAUUGCAAAGCAAAAGAAGCCUCACACAAUAGCGGAGACACUCAUCCUCCCGGCUUGCAAAAAAAUUGCAGGUGUCAUGCUGGGUCCAGAUGCCGCAAAUGAGCUAUCCAAGGUGCCGGCAUCUGAUAACACAAUCAAAAGAAGAAUCGAUGACAUGUCAGAAGACAUUGAACAACAUUUAACAGAGAAACUGCAGGCGAGCGGCAGAUUUUUUCUUCAAAUAGAUGAGUCGACCGACAUAAGUGGGGCUGCCCAGCUCCUGGCAAACGUCAGGUAUGUUGACGGCGACUCUAUUAAAGAGACUUUUUUCUUCUGUAAAGAAAUGGCAAGCCAUACAACAGGAGAAGAAAUAUUCAAGGUAACUGAUAACUACUUAAAAGAAAACAAUCUGUGCUGGAGUAUGUGCGUCAGUCUGUGCACGGAUGGUGCGGCAUGCAUGACGGGGAGAGUGAGAGGCUUUAUUGCAAAGGUAAAAGCACAAAAUCCACAGAUAGUGACCAACCACUGCAUUUUGCACCGAGAGGCAUUAGUUGCCAAAACCAUGCCCCCGGAGUUGACUGAGGUGCUGAAUCAGGCUGUGCAGAUGGUGAAUUACAUCAAAUCAAGGCCCCUGAAAUCUCGCCUUUUCUCCCAGCUGUGCGCUGAGAUGGGAGCCGACCACCAAAGCCUGAUCCUCCACACAGAGGUACGGUGGUUGUCUCGGGGGAAAGUCCUAUCCCGUUUUUACGAGCUUCGGGAAGAGCUUUUGGAAUUUUCACGUGAACACGCUGUCCCACAUAAGGACAGGCUCGCGGAUGAGAGGUGGUGCGCCAGGCUGGCUUACCUUGCAGACAUAUUUGGGCAUCUCAACGAGUUAAACGCCAAGCUUCAGGGCAGGAAUGAAAACAUUUUAUCAUCCACAGACAAGAUUCAGGGGUUUAUGGGCAAACUGACCCUGUGGCGCGAGGCUUUGGAACAGGGCUCCAUGAACAUGUUCCAGCUGGCAUCAGCUGCGCCACAGGCAGCCAGUGAGCGCGCUAUAUAUGCCGAACACCUUCAGACCUUAAAAGAGAGGUUUGAGCGCUAUUUUCCACGUGUGGCCCACAUCGAGGACAAUGACUGGAUCCGAGACCCAUUCAACCAGGAGUCCGAGUCCUCAACCGAGAAGCUCACUAUGAAGGAGAGAGAGGAGAGCGCAGAGCUCCGUGCGGACCGCACGCUGAAACUAAAAUUUAGUGAGCUCACACUCGAUCAGUUUUGGUUGGUUUGUGCAUCAGAAUAUCCAACCAUCUCCACCCGCGCGAUCGACCAACUUCUUCAUUUCCCCACCACCUACCUGUGUGAGUUGGCGUUCUCCACUCUUGUUUACAUGAAGAACAAGACCAGGUCACGGCUCUCUGUUGAGCAGGACUUGCGAGUGGCCCUCUCCUCAGUGCCACCAAUGAUUAAAAAAAUCUGUGCGCCCCGACAGGCACAUGUGUCCCACUGA